AUGGGACCAAAGACAAUCAUCUCAGCUUUGAUUUUGCUUUUUGUGCUCGGGAACUGUACAAAAGACAAGGAACAAAUACCCAACUCUGUUCCUGAAACUUUGUCGGACGAAGAUGACUAUAGAAUGUCAAAGUGUCCACCAAUGCCAGUACCAGAAAUUAGAGUUGAGGUUAUAAAGAGCAAAAUACCAGUUUUGACUCGAAGGGAUGACAAAUAUACUGCGGAUGCGCAAAUAAAGUAUCACAGUGAUAUCAUGGAUCGCUGUAGAAAGGCUGUGAAAUACUUUAGGGAGUUGAAGGAUAAAAUAAACCAAGCACUGCCAAAAUUCGAGACUAUAAGACGCUCAAUAAUAGAUAUUAGGAUAACUAACUCUGGAUCACAUCCAUUUUUUCAGGAAUAUAGAAGAAAAUCUAAGAAGAUCAUUAAUGCCAUAAAUGAGGAAAUAAAAUAUUUGAACAGAACCAUAAACGUAAAAAGGGAACUUUUGCGCUAUAUAAACAAUAAUAUCCAGGGUUACAGCAUUAGGACUAUCAAGAAGUUGAAUAAAAUGGCGAAGAGGACAAUGAAUGAGAUUAAACAGAAAAGUGCAAUGUUUGGCGGCUUGGAAGAUAUUGAAAGGAAAAAAAUCUACAUGGUUGCCGGAGAAUGGGUUAGAAUAUCGUUUUUAUGGAUUGCAGAUCUUAAAGAAAUAAUAGGAAACAAGUACAAAAUUGUGGAACGGUACGAAUCCAUCGGACGAUUCUCACAGAUUAUAGACGAAUAUUUAGAUGCAAUAGAGAAAAUUUUGAGAACUAAAAACUUAAAUGCUCUUUUGGAUGGGACUCAAAUGACUCAAAACGUUCAAGAGGUCGUAGCAAUCUAUGAUGACCUCGACAGAAUUUCUCCCUCCGAAUCCGACACUGCUCUUUCUGAAAUCACUGAGCUCGAUUUUGACUAUAGCAGCGACUCUUCCGUUACUCAAAUGUCUAUUGAAACUGAUUAUGAUGGAGAUAAUGGUAAAGAAGUUCUGGAGAUUAGUUCUCCUGCAAGAACCUCCAGCCCAUCCACAAAGUCUCGUACUCCAUCUCCCAAUCUUCCUGAAGCUAUAGAACAACAAGAGUUAGAAACAGAGGUUGAAGAUUCUGCAUGUAUAAAUUUGCCAGAGUUAAUGUAUCACAUGGGAGAAAAGGCAGAAUCUCAUCAAGCUGAGGAAGAUACUCCGUUGCAUAGAGAACUUUCGAGGGAGGGGUCCCAAGAGCUAGAGGAUUUUACUGAUAAAAAAUUUGAAACGGAUGAAUUCUCGAUAAUUAGACGAUUGAAUGGGGACAUGGAGAUUAAGCUCUACCGGGAAAUCGAGGAUCCGGACUUUUCUCAUAUUGACGAUAAUGAAAUUAGCAGAUUGUUCAAGAAUUUCGUGGUUACACAGGAAAUUCUAGAUUGCAAUAUUCUCUCUCUUUCAGGGAAACACUCACCAGUUUGUGAUGAAGAAGGAUUACGUCAUGGCAAAGACAUUGAUGCAUCGCUUUUUGCAAUGCAUGUAGAAAAUGAAAAGUUGAAGAUGCUUAUAAAUAAGGAGAAAAUGAGGAAAAUUGAACUAUACAUUAGGGAAAUUGAAUCUAAAAAGAGCAUCUUGCUAUCAUUCAUGAGUGCAACUCCCGGAAUUAUGCGUACUCUUGGACAGGAAUAUGUACAGGAUCUGCAAGAAGCUUUAAAUAAAAAACUUCAUGAAAUACUGUGUUUCUGUAGAGAUAUAAACUGGUUCUUUGAAAAGUGUACGGUAAGAUUUGAGAAGAUAAACCUUUACUUCUCCAAAAAAAACUACAACAUGGUAAGGACUUUGAUGGUAAUUCCGGUGAUUUCAUUGCCAUUUUCAAAGAAACCAAUUUAUUUUGAAGCUAUUGGAGCAACGUCACGCAUUAAAUUGCUCAAGCUGUACGAGAAGAUUGUGGAUUAUCAAAAGAAGGUUUCCAUGAUAUUUUUGCUGUUUGAUGCCAGUGUACUCUUCAAAAGGGCCCAGCUGAAUACUGCAAGAAAAGGAGAUGUAUGUAAAUUUGUAAAAAAAGUUGUAGAAUCCUUAUCAAAUAGGAAUUCAGUAAGUGGCUUAUUGGACUCAUUUGUCGAUCAUUACAAGACGUUAGAAAGGGAUGCAAUUAUCCUCUACGCAGCUUCAAAUUUCUUUGACCGAAAAAUGUUAAAAUCAAUCGUUGAAAACUGUACAGAAGAUCUUAUUAAUGGGAUGAUUGAAUUUUUAAGCAACCGUGAAGCAUUCAAGAAUGCUUACAAAACAGGGAACAAGUUUGAAGAUGAAAAACCAGAGCAUACUGGACAAACCAUAUCUUCUGUGGAACCGAAUGCAUGCAAAAAAAUAGGUGGUGAUAAUUUGGAGACUGGAAGCGUUGAUAAAAGAACGACUUCACCACACAAUGCACAGGUAACACAUAUACCAACUUAUACAAGGCAAAAGGUUAAAACAUCCCCGGAACCGAGCGAUAAAGUAGAACCCAUAAGGUGCAAAGAGAAGGAAACAUCAAAGGAACAAAAUGCAAUGACAAGAACCUUGAUACGGGAAUCUAGAUAUCCAUCAGGUGAACACAAGACAAGUAGAAAAAGUCAAGGUGCAAUACCAAAGCGUCCACUCUUUAAACAAGAACCUGUAGACGAUAAAGAACUUGAUUAUCUAGCGGAUUCUAGAAUGAAAAGGUAA